AUGCAGAAGGACAAUAUUGAUCGUCGGCUCUGCUUGUUCUAUGUUACCCUGGGGCUCGCACGCGUAAGGGUUGGAAUUCCAAGUUCGUUCCAAGAAUGGUCUUUGGAUAUUUUCAUAGGUCAACAUCAUCGUAACAAUGAGCUAGAAGAAACCCUGGGGCUUUCUGCCCCAUAUGUGCGUUUUCCAGGGAUCAUGACCAUCCGGCAACUGGGCUCACAGCGACCUCAGGCUUUCCUGCUGUUAAUUCUGUUCGUACCGUCUCAUGGACUGGCUUAA